GACUUCCGGGAUUGCUGAGAGGCCCUGGGCUGCCAUGUCCUGAGAAGGCCCUAGGCCUGCUCUCCUGGGGACCAUGGUGCUGCCCUCGAGGUUACACUGGAUCCGAAACAGGCCAUGGAGGGACCGGAUCCGCAGGCGCCAGCUCAACCGACUGCCAACCAGACUCCCAGAAAUCAUGUUGGUAGGAUCCCAGUCCUUCUCACCAGGAGGGCCCAAUGGGAUCAUUAGGAGCCAGUCCUUCGCGGGGUUCAGUGGCCUUCAAGAAAGACGAUCCAGGUGUAACUCCUUCAUUGAAAAUUCCUCAGCUCUCAAGAAACCCCAGACCAAAUUGAAGAAAAUGCACAACUUAGGACACAAAAACAACAAUCCUCCCAAAGAGCCCCAGCCUACAAGGGUGGAAGAGGUCUACAGGGCCCUGAAAAAGGGACUCAGUGAAUACCUGGAUGUUCACCAGACGGAGCUGGACAAGCUAACGACUCAGCUCAGAGACAUGAAGAGAAACUCGCGCCUGGGUGUGCUGUAUGACUUAGACAAGCAAAUUAAAACGAUCGAGAGAUACAUGAGACGCCUGGAGUUUCACAUUAGUAAGGUGGACGAGCUCUACGAGGCCUACUGCAUCCAGCGACGUCUCCAGGAUGGCGCCAGCAAAAUGAAGCAGGCCUUCGCAGCGUCCCCCGCCAGCAGAGCUGCCAGGGAGAGUCUGUCGGAGAUCAGCCGGAGCUACAAGGAGUACACGGAGAAUAUGUGUGCCCUGGAAGCGGAGCUGGAGAAUCUGCUGGGGGAGUUCUCCAUCAAGAUGAAAGGUCUGGCCGGCUUCGCGCGCCUCUGCCCUGGAGACCAGUACGAAGUCUUCAUGAAGUGCGGCCGGCAGAGGUGGAAGCUGAAGGGCAAGAUAGAGGUCAACGGCAAACAGAGCUGGGAUGGGGAGGAGACCGUCUUCCUGCCCCUGAUCCUCGGGUUCAUUUCCAUCAAGGUCACAGAGCUCAAAGGGCUGGCGACUCACCUCCUGGUGGGCAGCGUGACCUGUGAGACCAAAGAGCUGUUUGCAGCCCGACCGCAAGUGGUGGCCGUGGACAUCAACGACCUGGGAACCAUCAAGCUGAACCUGGAAAUCACCUGGUAUCCCUUUGACGUGGAGGACACGACCCCAUCCUCGGGGGGUGCGGGGAACAAGACGGCAGCGCUGCAGAGGAGGAUGUCCAUGUACAGCCAGGGCACCCCGGAGACGCCCACCUUCACAGACCACUCCUUCUUUGCGAAUCUGUCCGAUGACAUCUUUGAAACUGGGAAGACGGCGGAGGAGCCAAGGCCACUCUCCCUCAGCUCCUGUGACCUGCCCAAUGGGGACUGUGCCCUCCCCUGCAGCUCUGCUGCGUCUCCCUCCAGCUCAGCGAAUCCAGAAAUCACCAUCACCCCUGCAGAGCUCAGCCACACCAGCCCGCCUUCCCAGGACCAGGGAGGGGAUGACGGCAGCUCGGCAUCUUCCAGGAACUCCUCGGGAGAAGGCCAGGAACCCGAGUCACCCCUGCAGGAGGACCCAGCGGAGCCCAGGACACCCUCCGCGCCCACGGCUCUGGGGGCUGAGCGCCUGUUCCUGGAGAAUGCAGUGGCCCAGGCCCUUCUGCAAGAGUCGGACGAGGCCUCGGAGCUCAAGCCUGUGGAGCUGGACACUUUUGAAGGGAAUAUCACCAAGCAGCUGGUCAAGAGGCUCACCUCGGCCGAGGGGCCGGCAGCCACAGAGCGUCUGCUUUCUGAGGACUCGGCCAGUGGGGAGUCCUUCCUGGAUGGCAGCUUGGAGGACGCCCUGAGUGGGCUGUUCCUUGCUCUAGAACCACAUAAGGAGAAGUACAAGGAGUUUCGGGAUCUGAACCAAGAGGUCAUGCAUUUGGAUGAUAUUCUAAAAGUAAGUGCCUUUUCCGAGAAAUUGGAUCAGGUGUGCAGAGAGCUGUCCUAGACCAACUGUUAAGAUGGCAUAUCUUUCUUCUUCCCCUCCCCUCCGCCUCAUCCUUCUCCUCCUCCUCCUAAGCCCUAUCCAGUCACAGGAUCAAGAGGUAAUCAUCAUGUAAAUGGCAGUGAUUAUUGAUGCCACUUAGACAUAUCCACUUUUAUUUCCCUGACAACAGAUCAACUUCACUAAACUGAUUAGGAGCUCGUUUAAAAGCUCAUAAGACUGUCUAAACCCUUCUAGUCCCAGAGCUCAUCAUUGUGAUCCUAAAUGUGAAACGCUGGCACAGUAACCAGCACAGCCUCACAGAUGUUACUGGACAGGGUCCCUCUCGGGAAAUAGAGGAGCCCUCCCCUGGUGGGAGUCCCAGCUGGUCAGCCCCAGCGUGAGAGCCACGGCACCCUGUCCUCCAGCGGUGAUCCCUGAUAGAAGAAACCUCCCAUCUGCAAGUCGGGACCCCAGGUCAGCACUUAGUCAGCCCUCACACGCUGGAAGCCAGGGAAGGCCAGAGUUCACCAGAGAGAUUUUUCUCCAUCCAUGGGGAUCCGCUGAGAGUAAGGGGACGGAUUCCUCUUGGGUGGGAGGUCUGAGAACAAGAUCCUCAUCUCUGCUACAUCAGAAUGGAUCCGUCUUACCCCGGCAUGUGGAUUAACAUUUUUUAAAAUGCCGCACAUGAAGACAGAGCUUGAAUUUGUGCCCUGAGUCGCACUGCCACUGCUUGUAUUAUUGCUUUCCGACUCUGAUUCUUAUGAGCAUAUAGAAGGGAACUUGGAUCCUUUUUCUUGAAAGAGCAACUCCAUGGGGACCUGUCCUGUUGAACAGGCCUAAGAGUGAGGCUGCAGGCUGAGAAUCGGCCACAGGAGGCGGCCGCAGCAGUUUUCAGAGGCGGCCCUGCCAGUGGCGUCGGGAACUCCAUUUCCCAGGCUUUCCUGACCCUCUCAUCCCUCUCUGUCGAGUCCCACUGACCCAGCCCUGGAGAGGACUUGUGCCCUCCUAGGUGAUUAGUUAGCCUCUGACUCUGCAGGUGCUCAAAUGCUGGUGACAGGUUAGCUCCACUGUGGACGUAGCUCUGAGAAACAGGGAGGGGCAUGGGAAUCUGCUUUCAGUACUCGUAGCUCAAAGCCCCAUCUGAGGCCUUGGGCAUGGAGGCUGCUGAUCCGAUCCUGCACUGAGCAUCUUUUCUGCACAGUUGACCGCCUCUGCCUUGUGAGCCGAAGAGCUAAGACACAGGGCUGGCUGUAGCUCAGUGGAAGAGCACUUGCCUAGUAUUUAGGAGGUCCUCGGCUCAGUGCCCAGCCCACAGAAAGAAAAGACCUCAGGCAUGAACUGACCCUACCUAAGCAAUGCCUUUAGCAAGCCUGUGGGGGUCGCAGCUCCGUUCCAGGGGUCCAGGAUGCUGCUCGUCCAUCCAGAAGCAGUACGCACGGCAACCAUUAGUCUGUUCGAAAGGCUGGAGCUCAUGGAUUCCUUUCCGUUUGUUCUAAAACUUGCUAGUGAAAUCCUCAAUCACCCCUUUCUUCUUUAUAGAUGAUACCUAAACCUACCCAUCCUCUACAAGAUCAGGUUGUACAGAGGGCUAGCUUAGGAAAGAAGAGCCCAGACGCAGGUCGAGUCCAAAUAGCUCUCUGUCUCCCCUUGAGAUUGAAGGUGUCCAGAGGGUUUGGGGCAAGUGGCUUGGCAUCCAGCCAGAGUUAAAGCAGCAGCUGGACAAAGCUCUCUCUCCCCCCCCCCCACAUUCCUAGGGUGCUAAAACAUCUUGAGGAUCAGAAACUAAACGAAGCUGCCUCUUGGACGGAGACCCCUGAGGGCCAGUGGAGCCACUGUGAUUUAAAGCAGCGACAGACGCUUCCCCUGUGCUGUUGGGCCACCCUAAGUGCCCGAGACAGAGCCCUGCAAGGCCCCUCCUGCCUUGUGCUGGGAACUCAUCCAGCAGUGCCAGCGAGCAGCGUGGAGGACACGCAGCGCGCCUCCCUGGCAGGACUUGACCCCUUCCGUCCUCCGCAGCGUCCUCUUGAGCCUUUGGCGUCCUUGUCCCCUCUCUGUGCCUGUCACCCUGGUGUCAUCUUCGGGUCAUGUUUCUGCACAUGUCCUGCCACACAGUCUCAGGCCCCACGUCCCAGGGCCUGGCUAAGCUCAGGGAAGUGAGGCUGCUUCCCGUUGCGCCCAUAUCACUCAUUCGGCCCCCGGUGCCCAAGAAGCCACAUGCUGUGCCUGUGACCUCAGCUGUAGGCCUUCUCCAUAGGGAGUGUGGACUCCGUGAUCAGAGUGGCUUUGUGUGCUGGGACUUGCCUCCAGGACUCCCUGGAGAGCAGGUGCUUUAGAUAGACAGCUCUGGUCUCAGGACUUUGAAGACAUGGUCUCUUGAAAUUAGAGAUUGGAAUCAGCACUGACUUGGUGUCCCUUAAAUUUUAUCUGCUGGGUUUUGAUUUGUUGAGUUUUUUGGAGACUGGGUCUCACUGUGUUGCCCCAGGCUGGUCUUGAACUAGUGAGCUCACGUGAUCCUCCCGCCUCAGCCUCCCGAGCAGCUGGAACUAUAAGCAUGUGACCCUGCACGGGGCUGGCUGGCUGUGUGUGAUCUGGGGAUGAGCACGAGGUAGAGGGGAAUAUAGCCUUUCUGUUUCCCAAAAAUUUCUGGUUGACAUUUCUAAAAAUGUUUAUUAUAAAAAUUCCAAACACAAGUGGAUGUGCCCAUCCCCUCAGCCACAGUGGUCCUCAACGGUCAGCUCAUGGCCAGUCUUGUUUUAUCUGUUCCUCUACCUGUGUGUUUCUCUCUGGAUCAUUUUGGAACAAACCCCAGAUAUUGUGCCAUUUUUACCUGUGGUUGUACUUCUUUUUGGAAUAUGGAGAUUUUAAAUGCCAAUAAAAAAUAAAAGCUUGACAAAGGAGA